UAGAACACAAAACCCACAAAGAAUCAUUUCAGGCAGUUGCUCACACUGAUCCUGGAGUGUGUUGUGAUAAAAGAAACUUUCCAACAGCCAGACAAACAGAACUAAAGGUAGGCAUGUUUGUACAAAUUAACAUUUAUAUUUCUGUGAAGGUUUUACAGUGCUAUUUGUCAAUGUGUAAAAAGUGAAAGUGAACGGUACUUUUUUGGUCAUAUUUGAACUCCUCUACACUCUACAUUCCAGUGAUUAUUAUAAUCUAGCAUAAUGCAUCACUUUACUAAAUAGUUUUCCUAACUAAUAAAUUUUGCCUGAACCACACUACAGGAAACACCUUUAAAGCCAUACCUUUCCUCAAUUAAUGAAGCAACUUGCUUAAAAUAAUAUAUUUUUAAUGAUCAGACAAUGACUAAAAUCUGGAUUGUAAAAAUAUUCUUUUGAAAUGAAAUGAGAUUUUUCUCAGUUUAUUUGUGAAGUUUUUAAGCCAGCUUACUGAGAAUCUGUAUUUGUGUCCUGCAAUCUUAUUGUUAUAUCUAUCAGGUUGCUAUAUGCAUUCUUUAGGCACUAUGGAUCCAAAGCAAAUGUGGAGUUACAUGAAAUCUCCUCCAGUAACGAAUAUACCUUGCCUUGUUAUUUCAAAACUACUCUUCAUGGCUAUUCCCAUUGCUCAGAUCGCAAUAGGCGCUGUAUAUCUACAAGAAUGUCCACAGCAGCACUAUAUCCCAAUUUAUGUGCUGGUAUGUGGAGUGUUUGGUGUGUUUCUGGCCUUGUUGUCUUGUCUACCAUGUGCUACAGAGACGGAGGAAGGAGGUCCUAAUGUACUGAAUCUUAUCUGCACUGUGUGGAAUGCUCUGGUUUCUACCUUCAUAUUCUGCUGGGUUAUCAGUGGCAGUGUGUGGAUUUAUACUAUCUACCCUCCCAACUACAACCAAACACUUGCUGGAGUUCCCUACUGCAAUAAGACUCUCUACCUCUUUGCAUUCUGGACCACCACACUGGGAUACAUUCUUUUGGCUCUGGUGCUAUUGAUCGGGUGUUGUUUUUGUAUCUGUACUUGUGUGUGGCCAAAAACUGAGCCAGAUGGGAUCUAAUUAUGAAUGAAAAUCAUGUAAAGUCUUACGUUUUUAUUGUUUUAUAUUUUUCGUCAACCUUAUUGACCUCAUUAAUGUCAGGGUCUUAUGAAAGUGUGUUGAAUUAAUGUCAUGGCCAGUCUGUAAGCCAUCUUGAUGAAGCUUGAUGGUUUGUGUGCUAAACUCAAAAAAAGUUUCUGUAAAAGUCAGUUUUUUAAAAGUAAUUUAUGAUGAAUGGUAAAAAUAAUAAUGAUAAUAAUAAAAAGCAUUACAGUUUUUGACAAUUGCUUACACAUGAUUUCUGAAACUUUGGCUCCUUUUCUCUAAACUUUACACACAAAAUCCCAAAACACACACACAAUAUGCAAAACAUCACACAUCUCUUGCAAAAGCAAACAC